AUGGCGAACCAGGACACUCGUCGCGUCCAAGAGGACGCCGCGUUGUCGGCACACCUACCACCAGCGUCUUCGCAGGGGGGGCGCGGCGCUAACUACACCUAUUCUUCUGUGGACACCCGCGGAAUCGGUGAUGGCGAGGACGGCAUCAGCCGCAAGGGUUUCGGUGGGCCCACGGGGCACGAGUACGCGCCUUUCGUCGACAACGAUUCCACCAGCUACGGCGAUGCUUCUGCAAAGGGGGAGGGGGGGGGAGGCGCGAUAAGCCUGACAAGCCGGCACCACGCGGCGAUACCCAUCUCCUACUUCUGCGUCGGGUUUCUGGGCAGCUUCGUGGCAAACCCACUCAACAUCUACAUCGUCCAGACCCUCAACGCCCAACCUUCCCAGCAGAACACGCUCGUGGUCCUCAUGACGGUCCCGUGGUCGUUCAAGCUGAUCUACGGCUUCCUAUCGGACGUGUGCCCCAUCAGAGGCCUGAGGCGAAAGCCCUACCUGGCCUUCGGCUACCUGCUGUCGUCCUUUUGCUACCUGGUGCUCGCUCUCACUGCUGAGGUGACCAUCCAGAGUCUUUCAGGGCUGCUUUUCCUGGCAACGAUGGGCCAGAUCAUGGGCGACGUCAUGGCAGACACGCUGGUGGUCGAACGUGCCAGGGGCGAGGCGGAGGAGUCUCGAGGGCAAAUGCAGGCGACUUGCUACGCAAUCAGAUUCGCCGGCAACGUCAUCGGAUGCUUGGGGGGCGCCUUGCUUUUCAACAGGGGGGCCUGGGGCUGGGGCCUCACCUUUAGGCAGGUUUGCCUCAUCAUGAGCAUGAUGCCCGUGCUCGUGCUGGGACCCGCCGUGGUUUAUCUGUGGGAGGAACGAAGCAAGGAGACCAAGGGCGUGAAGAAUCAGGUUAGAGACAUUUGGGACACCAUCCAGCUGCAGGCGGUGUGGAGACCCAUGGCGUUCGUGUACAUCUUCAACAUAUUCCAAGUUCCCCACAUCCCGUGGCAAAACUACCUCCAGCUGUCUCUCCACUUCCAGCCGUACAUGCUGGGCUUCAUGGCGGCGGCGGGGUCUGUCAUGACCUGCCUUGGCGUUACGGCAUACAAGAACUGCUUCUUUCACGUCUCGUGGCGGCUGAUUUACGGUUGGAGCGUGGUCGUCACGACUAUAUUUUCCGCCCUGCAGCUGGUGCUGAUCUUCGGCCUGAACCAGCGAAUAGGGCUGCCCGACUUCUGGUUCGCUCUGGGCGACGAUGUCAUAACGCAGUACAUUCAGGGGAUCCAGUUCUUGCCGGUGUGCAUCAUGUACCUGCGAAUGUGUCCAAAUGGAUCGGAAGGUGCAACGUACGCCGCGCUCACUACCUUCGGGAAUAUUGCGCUGAACUGCGCGGGUAGCCUGGGGACCCUCUUCGCGAAGCUGUGGGACGUUGGGAACGACACGCUCCGAAAUGAAGACGUGUCCGGGCUGUGGAAACUCACGGUGCUCACUAGCUUGAUCUCCCCGGUACCGUUGGUGCUGCUCAGACUUCUCCCGGCAAGCGCGGCCGAGCAGGAAGCGUUGCGGGCGGACACGAAGCGCUCGAUGAGGGGCGGCGCCGCGUUUGUGUCUGUUCUGGUGGGGUCUCUCGCGUGGACCCUUGCAGAGGCUGUGUACGUCUUGAGCUCCGACGCCGAUGAAACCGGUUGA